AGCCCCCGUCCCUCCUCCCCGGCGUGUGUGCAUGCUGGGCUGGGAGGAGGCUUCCCCCGGCCGGGCCAGGGGAGGCUCAGAUUCAAGGAAGAGACAGAGCCGAGAGUUGCCGGAAACGUCUAAGCGGCAGCCGCGCUAGCCCGGGGGAGCCCGUAAUGCCCUGGAGGAACAAUGUGAGCAGCUGACAGCAACUCAGGAGCGCUGCUGUAUCCGCCGCCUGCUUUGCUACGGGGCCGGGCCAGACUCAAGGGGGCCGGCUCGUGAGAGAAGUAAACUUCCCCGGGACCGGGAGGGGGGACGCGCUUUCCUGCAAGUUCCCUUCUACUCCCCCCAAGCCCGAGCUCCUGCUCUCUGCUCAGCCUCGCCUGGCCCCCCCUUGGCAGCGGGGCUGCUGCCGCUACUGCCAUGGGGCUGCCCACUCUGGAGUUCAGCGAUUCCUACUUGGACAGCCCGGAUUUCAGAGAGCGGCUGCAGUGUCACGAGAUUGAGCUGGAGAGGACCAACAAGUUCAUCAAGGAGCUGAUCAAGGACGGCAGUCUGCUCAUCGGGGCCCUCAGGAAUCUAUCCAUGGCAGUGCAAAAAUUUUCCCAGUCGCUACAGGAUUUUCAGUUUGAGUGUAUUGGAGAUGCUGAAACAGAUGAUGAAAUUAACAUUGCCCAGUCACUGAAAGAGUUUGCCCGGCUACUGAUUGCUGUAGAAGAGGAGAGAAGACGACUUAUCCAGAAUGCCAAUGAUGUGUUAAUAGCACCACUGGAAAAGUUUCGUAAGGAACAAAUAGGUGCAGCAAAAGAUGGGAAGAAGAAGUUUGACAAGGAAAGUGAGAAAUAUUAUUCCAUUCUAGAGAAGCACUUAAAUUUAUCAGCAAAGAAAAAAGAAUCUCAUUUGCAAGAUGCAGAUAUGCAGAUUGACAGAGAACAUCAAAACUUUUAUGAAGCAUCAUUAGAAUAUGUGUUUAAAAUUCAAGAAGUACAGGAGAAAAAGAAAUUUGAAUUUGUUGAACCUCUUUUGGCAUUUCUUCAGGGAUUAUUUACUUUUUACCAUGAGGGAUAUGAGCUGGCCCAGGAGUUCACCCCAUACAAGCAACAGUUGCAAUUCAACUUGCAGAAUACACGAAAUAAUUUUGAAAGUACCAGGCAGGAAGUAGAGAGACUGAUGCAGAGAAUGAAAUCUGCCAACCAGGAUUACCAGCCACCCAGUCAGUGGACAAUGGAAGGCUAUCUCUAUGUGCAGGAGAAACGACCCCUUGGAUUUACCUGGGUAAAACAUUACUGUACUUACGAUAAAGGGACAAAAACAUUUACAAUGAGUGCAGCUGAAACAAAGUCUGGUGGGAAAGUGAAUGGCCUUGUCACAAGCUCACCAGAAAUAUUCAAGCUAAAAUCCUGCAUCCGGAGAAAGACUGAUUCAAUUGACAAACGUUUCUGUUUUGAUAUUGAAGUAUCUGAAAGACAUGGGAUCAUAACACUUCAGGCUUUUUCAGAGUCCAACAGGAAACUUUGGCUGGAAGCUAUGGAUGGAAAGGAACCAAUUUACACUUUACCAGCCAUUAUUAGCAAGAAGGAAGAAAUGUUCUUAAAUGAAGCAGGUUUUAACUUUGUGAGGAAAUGUAUUGUUGCUGUGGAGACAAGAGGUAUCACAAUCUUGGGGCUGUACAGAAUAGGAGGUGUAAACUCCAAAGUGCAAAAACUGAUGAAUACCAUAUUUUCCCCGAAAUCUCCUCCUGAUAUGGAUAUUGAUAUGGACGUUUGGGACAAUAAAACAAUAACAAGCGGACUAAAAAACUACCUCAGGUGUCUUACAGAACCACUGAUGACCUUCAAGUUGCACAAGGAUUUCAUUAUUGCCGUUAAAUCCGAUGACCAAAACUACAGGGUUGAGGCAGUACAUGCACUUGUUCAUAAAUUACCAGAGAAAAACAGAGAGAUGCUGGACAUCCUAAUCAAGCAUUUGGUCAAGGUUUCAUUACACAGUCAACAAAAUCUCAUGACCAUCUCCAACCUUGGUGUUAUCUUUGGGCCGACUCUGAUGAGAGCCCAGGAGGAAACAGUGGCUGCUAUGAUGAACAUUAAGUUUCAGAAUAUCGUAGUGGAAAUUCUGAUAGAGCAUUAUGAAAAGAUAUUUCACACUGCACCAGACCCCAACAUUCCUCUUCCCCAGCCUCAGUCCCGUUCAGCUUCCAGAAGAUCAAGAGCAAUAUGCCUCUCAACAGGCUCACGCAAACCCAAAGGAAGAUAUACCCCAUGUCUGGCAGACCAUGAUAGUGAUUCAUACAGUAGUAGCCCAGACAGCACCCCCAUGGGCAGCAUAGAAUCGCUCUCUUCUCAUUCAUCAGAACAAAACAGCACCACAAAAUCCGCCUCAUCCCAACCCAGGGAGAAAUCGGGAGGAAUUCCAUGGAUUGCAUCUCCACCUUCUUCCAAUGGACAAAAGAGCUCAGGCCUCUGGACCACAAGUCCAGAAUCCUCCUCUAAGGAGGAUGCGACAAAAACAGAUGUGGAGUCAGACUGUCAAAGUGUAUCUUCUGUCACUAACCCAGAGAAUACAUCUCCACCGAUAGAUCUGACCAAAAAAGGGCUUUAUGGUCUGUCUGGGCUGAAAAGGUCUGCAGCUUCCUCCCUCAGAUCAAUCCCUUCAGCAGAAGGUAACAAAAGUUGCAGUGGAUCUGUACAGAGCUUAGCCUCAAUUGAUUCCAAAGAUACACCAAAGGCUCCACUGAAUCCUGAGUUGCCACCCAAAAUGCGCAGGAGAUUGAGAUUGGAUACUGCAUCAAGUAAUGGCUAUCAGAGACCAGGAUCCGUAGUGGCCGCAAGAGCCCAGUUGUUCGAAAGUGCUGGUUCACUUAAACAAACUUCUUCAGGACGACAAGCCAAAGCCAUGUAUUCCUGUAAAGCUGAGCACAGUCAUGAGCUGUCCUUCCCACAGGGGGCGAUAUUUUCAAAUGUGUACCCAUCAGUGGAACCAGGCUGGUUAAAAGCAACGUAUGAAGGCAAAACAGGACUAGUUCCAGAGAAUUAUGUUGUCUUCCUCUAGUAAUCUUUAGUGGACAGCAGUAUCUUCAUGGUAUCCAUGGUAACAAAUAAUAAGCACUAUGAUUUUAUCUGACACAGAUGUGGGGAUCAGCCCGUUAGCAGAGAGUGGUAGAUUUUCUUCAAAUUCUGCAAGGGCAAAUUAGGUAGCGCCCUAUAAAUGGAACAGGACAUAAUGAAAUAGUUAACAGUUUUUUGUACUGCAGAUGGUACUCUGUUUAAAUAACUUCCAUUGUUUGUAACACAAGCAUGUUGCAUAUUUCUUUUAUGGAUAAGGAACAGUUGAGCAAUAAAAUCAGAAAAUUAGCUGCAGAACAUGUCAGACCUGAGAUAUUGCUCAACCAGCAUGAAAUUCACAGGCAAUGCACUCUGCCGAUCCUUACAAUUAUAUUGUUUUACAUGUAAAAAAUUAUAUAUUUGUUCAUAAAGCAAGAUAUAUUUCUAUGAUCUCCCUUCCGCAUUAGAAAACUUGAUUCUGAGACUGGUCCCAGUCAUUUCAUGGAAGAAGUUAAUCUGCCAUAAAAGCAGAGUUUUGAAUCUCUUGUUAUGCAACGAGAUCACAGUAUACAGAUCCAGUAAUGUAUGUAAUUUAUAUAACUGAUAACCAAAUUAGAUUGUACACUGAUUAAGCAGUAAGUCCUCUUUCAAAAUGUGACCUUUUUAAAAUCAUUUAAUUCAAAUAUUGUACAGAUUUAUCUUAUUUCCUCCUUGCUUUCAUCAGUUUGUUUUAUCAAUAUAAUUAAUAUUAAUAAUAAAUUAUAUGUCUAGCAUCCAUCUUCCCUAAGACAUUCUCGGCUUGUCUCAAAAACACAACCAUACCAAACAAAGAAGUACUGAAAGUAAAAUGAUGGGGAAAUGUGUGAGGUUAGCAACAAAGAAUGAAAAUAAAUCUAAAACCUGAAAUAAAACAUAGCAGAGUCCCACAAUGCCAUUAAGACACCCAAAUUGUUUUUCAGAUUUUCCACCGCAUACAAGACAAAUGACCUAUGAAGUGUCUAGUUUUAUAAGCUAUGAUUUCUAAAGGCUGCUUUUAGCUGUAAAAAGUAUCUGACAUGAGAUAAACUUUGAUUAUUUUGUUAAGUUUGAAAUACAGUUUCCUCAGGAUUUCACUUAGUUAUUUGACAACAGUUCCAAAACAUGAUGAUAAAACCGCUUGGUAUAGAAAUUUACAAAUAACCAUUAAUUACUCCAGCUGGAACUAAAAGGCAGUCAUUUUCUAACUACUGACAUUAAAUUUUGUGUGAGUUUUCCCAUCAAAGUACAAUGGCUUGUAUUAAUAAAAGGCUGUAAUAAACAGUGAGGGCACAGGCACUUUAUCACAGAAUAACAAUCCUUUACAAAGAGAACAAAGAACAGAAAUCAGAAAAGCAAGAGAGUAAACAGUAAGCAAAGCAUAUGUCCAAGGCAGACACUCUGCUUGCUGAAAGAAUGACCAUAGAGUCCAGUCCUGAAGGCCUUAUUGGCAAAACUCCCCUUGAAUUUGGACAUCCCCAAUUAGUUAAUCGACAGAGCUGCUAACUUGGUGAAUCCAUUCUGGGGAGUCAGUACACCGUGACCUCAAAAACCUACACUGAUGUCAACAGAACCACCCAUGCGCUUAAGCCACUGGCUCAAUCAGGGCAUAGCUCUUUAUUGAACUGCUCCAGGAAAACUGCAGUAGCUGCAUGGCCAGGCAGCAUGUACUAUUCAAAGCAAAAUCAUUUCAGCACUACAUGAACACAUUAGCAGCUGAGCUCAUUGCUGUUAGUGCUACAGGAAGAAUUGCCUCUCACACAGACUCUCCUGCAUAUUAGCUCUGUCUCCAGUAACAGUAUUAAAUAUUACAGGUGGGCAGGGCAAGGUAAUUCCAUUAUGUCGAGGGUUUAGAUAUUUCUAAAUUAGGUUUUGUUCCGAUUCAGAAUGAAAACCCCACGUUUUGACGUUUUCUGCAAAUUGGCAUGGCGCCCCGGCUCCAGGGCACUCUGCCUGCUGGCCUGUCCUGGAGCUGCAGACCCUGGAAGCCCAGGGGUCUCCAACUCUGAGACAGCACCCCUGGCAGGCUGUCCUGGAUCCACAGCCCUUGGAAGCCCAGGCUUCACAGCAGCUCACCAGGCAGGGUUUCCUCAGACCUUUGUUGAAAUAAAACCGUCUCCAUGCAACAUUUUGAUUUUGACAACCAACAAAACGUUUUUCUCCGUGUUUUUCCUACCAGCUCCAUUAAGUAUAUUAACCCUUUAUUUACCAAAAUAGUGGGCACUGCUUCCUUAAUGGGUUAAAUAGGAGCUUUUCCCAGGGCUGAAAACUUUACCAAGCUAUUAAACACUGCCAAAUUUUCCGGCACUUUCCCUGGAAGUCUUAGUAGGCUAUCUAUAGCCAAUAGUCUUUCAAAAGUAGUGUAUCUCUAAUAGCUUCUGUACCUGCCUCCUGGACAAUGCAGUGGGAGUUGCUUACAGUGAGUCAUUUCUUGACAGAAAUUUAAUUGUUGAAAUUCAGGCUGGUGGCAAGAGCCAUCUCCGCACUGAGAGCACCAAAUGGAGCUCAGCAUGGGGGGCUCUUGGAAUCCUUUGCAUGACACAGACGGAGACUUCCCACCAGCUUCAAGCAGGCUAGUAGGGGGUAGGUUGGAACCAGGCACUGGAGGUCAGACCAUGGGAUCGAUGACUACAGUAAUUCAAUGACCCACAAUAAUUUGGGCUAUUCAUUCUACUUCACUAUCAAGAGUUUCAUUCUCGCCCAGUUCACUAUCAACAGGUGACACCUCGUGUCAUUAAGAGUGUUUCCUUGGUAGGUUGUUGUGAAGGAUAAUUCCAAAGCUGUCCCUGGACAGUAGAGGCAAAUAUCCUUCUGACGUAUCUGUGUUCAGCACUGAAGUAAAGAAGGAAGAAGGCUCCUCAGCAGGUCAAAGCUUGCAGCUCUUAAGUCAGGCAAAAUUCAUGUCGACUUCAAUGGGCACUUCCCCUGAGUCAGAGCUCUGAGACUUCCCUGUGUAAUUAACCUCUGAAAUUUCAACUUCUCUCAUCCCAUGCUGUGUAACAUCCUGUUUGGCUGUGCUUGAAGGCUCCGUCCUACAGUGGUGGGAUAACAAGGGGGUUGCGCCUUCUCACCAUUCCAGGGAGAGGUGCUAUCUGUACUCCUGGGGGUUGUUAGUGGAGAGGGAGGAAGGGCCCUGCUCAGGAGACUAGGACAACCAGUGACCCUAGCAUGGAGUAGUGUCCCCAGUCAUGCUGUCUGGCCUCUGUACAGGGCCGCAAUGGGCUGGGGCAAAAUGCUUAUUUGAGCUAUCUUUCCCCCACCCUGAUUUCCCCAUCAGGGCAAUCAUAAUCUGGCCCUUUUUGUGCAUCUCCUCUUGAAUCCCGUGGAGAUGAACGAUUCCUUAAGCCCUUUGGAGAGACUUAUCAGUCAUGGAACUUUGACGGGGAGAGAGGAAGAUCUUUUUUCCCCCUUUAGCCUAAUAUACUAUGUGAGCCUUCUUCUCUUCCUCAGUAGUGUAUGGUGAAUAGACAUGGGGUACCUAGGAAUCUGUGAAUCAGCCACUCUGCAUCCUGCAUAUCAUUUUAAAGGGACACAGCCACCUUUAGAUUCACAUUGCCAUCUGAAAAUGUUAUUCCUGUGGUUUCUUACGAGUGACCCCUACCAGUACUUUAACUGAAAGAGAUGAAAGGUAUUUGUUUUUUAUCUCUCUCUCUCUUACGUGGUGCAGUAAGUGAGCACUUUAUGUGCGGUCAGUUUCUCUGCUGUGUUGAUGGUACACACCCAGCCCCAAGCUUUGCAAAAAGGUGUUCACCAGUAGCAACAGCAGUAAAACUGGAACUGAAGAGACACGAGGAAGCAGUGUGCCUAGAGAGACAGGAACGGAGGAGAGCGUUGGGCCUGACCUUGUUUGGUAGUGGUGCUCCUACUCCUUCCCGAAACAGAGGAGCAGAAAACCCCUCAAGGUGUUUUAGAGCUUGGGUUUUUUAAUUAUUUUUAUUAUUAUUAUUUCCUUUUUGGUUUUUGUUUCAAGGAUUUUUUUAAAGACAGUUUUUGAAGUCUGUUCUAUCAGGAAAUUAGUUAAUUACAAAAAAUUGAUUGACUAUGUCCCUGUAUUAUUAUUUAAGAACAGCCCUGGAUUCACUCUGUAAGCACAAGAAGUGUGUGGUAAAUCUUCUGUAUUUCCCUGCCAGUAAAGAUGUAGCAAUCUAGUCAAGACAACCACUGUUUGCAAAGUUGUAAGAUUCACAUUUGGUAGCAUAUGCUGACUGAUAUUAAUGUCAUGUGAAAAGCGUAUGUCUGUGUAUACAGUUUAUAUAAUUAACUGUGUGUUUUAAUUGUUAAGUCAUUUGGUACUUAUUGCAGUCUAACAAACUGACUCAAAUUAAUCAGCUGAAAGAUUGUUAUAGUGCCUGAUAAAUAUGUACAGUAUGUUAGUAUUUUAUAUACAGGGUUUUUUAAUAAUGUUAAUCAGAAUGAAAAAUGAUUUUUCAGUAUCAUUUCUACAAGUUCAGUGUUAAAAGGUUCUUGCCACAUUUUGGAGUUUUGAAUACUGUGUGAGAUGGUUUUUAAAUUAAACUAUAGUUUUGUGUCCUGAGAAAUUUUUCCAUUCUCCCUAGUGCUGUUUUAAUGUAACUAAACUACAAGUGCAUUGUUGAAUUAUUUCUGGAGAAGAUGAUGCACAGAAUUGCUCACCAGAGCUAAUUCGUGACAGUAAUAAGUAACACAUCAAUCUUUUUACAUUUCCCCUUGAUAUUCUCUAUUUAUUGUCUGUAAUUGGAAUUUUUUCCCCCCUCCUUUUAGGAAAGAAACCUUAGCAGGGGUGAAAGUAAAAUUUAAACCAUGCAGAACAGAGUAAUUACAACAGCAAAAAAGCAUUUAACACAGCAGUAAUUUGUAUACUUGUGCACUGGGCCCUGUUUCAUAUUCUACGUACUAGUAUUGCAUAAGAAUAAAUAGUGAGAUCAAAAAAGUACAUUAAUCUGAAUGUUUCCUGUGUUAGACCACCAAUUCAUGCACUUCUUGGGUAAGUGACAAGAAGAUGACUCUCCUAAUCAAAGACCAUAUCAUGCAAUCAUAAGGCAACUCCUCAGCUGGUGUAUAUUGUCAUAAUUCACUGGCAUCAAAGAUGGAGCUCUGACAAUUUACAUCAGCUGAGGAUCUGCCCCUCGGUAUUUAAAAGGAAGUACCCAUUGAAAUCAGUAGGUGUUCUGCCGAAAAGUGGAAGAUGUGAUAUGGCCCAAUAUUAUCGUUAGAGUUUCUAAGAUUUGUUUUCUCUAGUAAAGGAUCCCCCAUAAAUCACCCCACCCACCAGGGAUUAAACGCAGUGCAUUGUCAUUUUCCUCCAGAUCACACAGCCCUGGUGGCUGCUGCUGUAAUACCCCUUCAGGCAUUGCCCAUGCAAAACUGAGAGUGUUGACCUAGCUAUUAACCAGGAUAAUCAAAAUAGGUUGGGUCCUCCGUAUCCAAGCAGCUGUUGCUGUGAUUUUGCCUUCCAGCCAUUGACGGUAAUAACAUAGUAUUUGUUCUCCUGUAUGUGGCAGCAUUUCAUAGGUUACUUGACUGUCUUUGUUGUUUUAAAUGGUGCUUUCCUCCUUGGAUACAUUAUUUGAAAGUCCUUCUGUAUCUGAGCGUCCUGCGAAGCUUGUGUUGGGAACAGGGCCAGCUCCAGCUUUUCUGCUGCCCCAAGUGGCAAAAAAAAAAAAAAAAAAAGACGAGCGGCAGCACUUCAGCAGCAG